AUGGGAGGCCAAUGCCCAUGGAAGAAUAUAUACCACGAAGCCGCUUUCUGCUUGGUGGGAGCUCCAGCCGCCUUGACGGUGACUGCUAAAUUGACGGUGGAUCUGUCACUGGAUCCUUCAUCGGCUCAGUAUGCGUUGUCAGCCUUCGCUACUGGUGAUUGGGGUGCAACGUUGUACAAGGGCUCAUGUUGCAGAAGUGACUCCAACAACUACGAUCUCCACUCCCAAAAGGUGGUGGCAACGUUGAUGGACAUCGAAGCCGGAGCGUCAAUCAAGCCCAAGGCUGUCCUAGCCCAUGGGGACAACUUGUACUGGAACGGAAUCAACUAUCUCAGCGAACGGGAUGGACGUUUUGCUGCGUCGUUUGAAGACAAAUACGACGGAAACAACAUCAAGAAUGUCCCCUGGGUGGCAGUUAUGGGCAACCACGACUACGGUGGCUCUGACUUCAUCUGUAGUAGCGGAAACAAGCUCGUUCCCUGCAACAGUACGGAGGAGCUGUUCCACGGCCUCGAUAACAAACUCAAGUGGGAGGCGGAAUACAAAAGUCCUAACGAUAACCGUUGGCGUAUGGCAAACGAACACUUCUACGUCUAUCGCAUUGAGGACCCAGCCUCAGGAGUGAGUAUCGACAUUUUCAAUGUUGACACGAACGACGCCGAUGUUCACGCUGCCGAUCUCGUAUGCUGUCAGUGUUACGGCUACGCGAAAACCGACAAUGCCGGCUGUGUUGUUGUUGUUAAAGGCAAAUGCCGAAUGCUCCUGGCCAUCCACCAGAUUAACCGGUUUGGGACCGGUCCAUUUUGGAACGUCACGCCGGUUAGCCGAAACGUGCAGAGUCGGCCACCUUGA